CGUGAUCGAGGUGGAUUACUUUAUCGCGAGCGUAUCCUAAAAAUCCACGUGUUUCCGUACUCAACACGUUCUUCAUUUUCGAUACCCAUCCACGUGUUUCAAGUGACGUACUGACGCACCAUCAUUAUUAUUUACAAAACUAUACAGACAUUGAGUAUUUUGGUGAACAAUUUAUUGCAACAAGUGCAUAAAAGCCACGUGGUAAUUAAUAGUGCAAUAGUGAUAUGCCAUUACAACACUCGCCGAAGCCGGUCGUCGAUCAGCAACAAGCAAGUACACCGCGAACAUUGCAAGCUGAUAUAAACCCAAUUAACGAAACAAUGGCCACCGGCCAAGAUCACACUUUACCACUGGGAGACACCUUUGCAGCAUUCGCCUCUGUAGCCAACAUUAAAAUCCCUCCAUUUUGGAAACAUGAUCCGAGCUUGUGGUUCAUACAAGUGGAAUCAAUUUUCCAAACCAGCCGUACCACUAGCGAUUCAACCAAAUACAACCAUAUAGUCAGUUCAUUAGACGCGGAGACUAUGAUGGAGGUUGCAGACAUACUGCGUAACCCACCAGGAGAAGGAAGGUACGUACAACUGAAAGCGAAAAUAAUCAAACGGUUCUCUGACUCCGCAGAUCAGCAAUUGCACAAGGCACUUGCUGAAGUCCAAUUGGGGGAUAAGAAGCCCAGCCAAUUAUUAAGGCAAUUACAGUCCCUGGCUGGUAAUCGAGCAUCAGAAGAUGUGCUCCGCGUGAGAUGGCUGGCAUUACUACCACCAGCCAUUGUACGGUGCUUAAAGAUUCUCCGAGCAGCCUCACUCAACGAGCAAGCGCAGCUGGCUGACGAACUCAUGGAGAACCAGUCCAGUCCAUUCAUAAUGGCAACACACCCAUCAGGCAGCCGCUCUGUAUCACCAAACCACCGUUUCACCGACACGGUCUUAACUAACCUGGCAAAGGACAUGUCUGUCAUUAAACACACCAUGCAUGAGCUAGUGACUCAAACAAAAGAACUGUCGCGAAUACUGAGUCGCAGCCAUUUGCAUGGAUCACAACGUGGUAGGAGUAGACAACGCUCACAUACCAGAGAAAUCUCACCAUCACCAGGUAGUGAGUGCUUCUACCAUCGCAAAUACGGUGCAAACGCAAAACAUUGCACAUCACCUGUAAUAGUAGCAGGCCUGCGUAUGUGUGCGGGGGAGUCGAGUGAGGCUCGCGCUUCUGAGACGUGUCUGUAAGCCUUA